CAUUUCCCAGUGGAACAAGGCUCCCUACAGCAUUUCCAGCUGGCUUUAUUGAGCUGUAUGGGGUACCAAGAGAUGCUUCAGUGGUGAGACCUCUUUUACAAUGCAAGUUAGGCAUGAAAUUCAUCAACUAACAUCCCCUUCCUCACCCCGAUCUCCAACAGACUUCCUGUAACGCUUGGAAGAAAGGGUCAGGGGAGAAGGGCUGAAGGGCACCAUGAAGCUGAAGCAGCGAGUCGUGCUGCUGGCCAUCCUCCUGGUCAUCUUCAUUUUCACCAAGGUUUUCCUCAUCGACAACCUGGACACGUCGGCCGCCAACCGGGAGGACCAGCGCGCGUUCCAGCGGAUGCUGGCGGGGCUGCGCGUGGCGCUGGAGCCGCGGCUGGAGCACACGCUGCAGUCGCCCUGGGAGAUCGCCGCGCAGUGGGUGGUGCCCCGCGAGGUGUACCCCGAGGACACCCCCGAGCUGGGCGCCGUCAUGCACGCCAUGAGCACCAAGAGGAUCGUCAAAGCUGAUGUGGGCUACAAAGGGACGCAGCUGAAAGCUUUGCUGAUACUUGAAGGAGGGCAGAAGGUUGUCUUCAAGCCCAAGAGAUAUGCCAGGGAUUAUAUAGUGGAAGGAGAACCCUAUGCUGGCUAUGACAGACACAAUGCAGAAGUGGCAGCCUUUCACUUGGAUAGAAUCCUGGGUUUCCGCCGAGCCCCGCUGGUGGUUGGCAGGUUUGUGAAUCUGCGCACAGAGAUCAAGCCAGUGGCCACGGAGCAGCUCCUGGGCACCUUCAUGACUGUGGGCAAUAAUACUUGCUUCUAUGGGAAGUGCUACUAUUGUCGGGAAACAGAGCCAGCCUGUGCAGAUGGGGACAUCAUGGAGGGCUCAGUGACCCUGUGGCUGCCGGACGUUUGGCCCCUGCAGAAACACCGGCACCCCUGGGGCAGGACUUACCGGGAGGGCAAACUUGCCAGGUGGGAGUACGACGAGAGCUACUGCGACGCCGUGAAGAAGACGUCGCCGUACGACUCGGGGCCGCGGCUGCUGGACAUCAUCGACACGGCCAUCUUCGACUACCUGAUCGGCAACGCCGACCGGCACCACUACGAGAGCUUCCAGGACGACGAGGGGGCCAGCAUGCUCAUCCUGCUGGACAAUGCCAAAAGCUUUGGAAACCCUGCCCUGGAUGAAAGAAGCAUCUUGGCUCCUCUCUAUCAGUGCUGCAUCAUCCGAGUUUCUACCUGGAACAGGCUGAAUUACCUGAAGAAUGGAGUCCUGAAGUCUGCCUUAAAAACUGCCAUGUCGCAUGACCCCAUCUCACCUGUGCUCUCUGACCCUCACCUGGACGCCCUGGACCAGCGGCUCCUCAGCAUCCUGGCUACAGUGAAGCAGUGCACAGACCAGUUUGGGCCAGAUGUUGUGCUGGUGGAAGACAGGAUGACUCUGUCUCACUUGUAAUCGUUGAGGAAUACGAGAUGAAACUCCUUUUUUAAAAAAACAAAAAAGCGAUAGAAAAACAGCACAAUCAGUUCAGAAAGGCUGUGGCCAAGAUGGACUGACAUGAACAGGAAAGCUCCUGAGCCAGAGGAAGGGAGGUGACACUGGCUUUUUCCUUGGGCUGGCAGCAGUGGGGGGUGGGAAGGGGGCCUGGGAUGGCUCAGCCCCCGUGGUGGCACUGCGGCCACUGUGGCGUGUCCAUUGCCGGCAGUGGGCGUCACGCUGGAUAAAAAUGGCUCUGGGUGCUGGUGCAGUGUGUGGGAUACAGAAAUCCUGGAUCUGGAGGGGACAGACAUGAACAGUUCAGUCCUCUGCCCUUGUCUUCCCCCUGUACUCUGGCAAGUUUGAUUCAGGAUUGUACACAAUCAGCUCUGAGCUGGUUGGGCAUUUUACUGCUUCUCUAGAGAACGAGCAGGGGGCAAAUAAAAUAACUAUUAGACUGAAGAGUUGUGCCACCCCCCCACCCAGGGUGGGAGAGGGGAACCUCUGCUGCUCACUUGGCUUUUCCUUGAUAAAAGGCUGGGAAAGGGGGUUGCCUCAUAUGUGAUAAUGCUUCACUGAUUUUGCUGAAGUCCUAUCAAAGGUUUAUCCACAGGGUCAGAGAUUUAGGAGAGAACAGGGUGGUUAUACAGCACUUGAUAAUUAAGGAGCUAUAGUAAGAUUUCCAUGUUUCCUUGUUUUUCAAGGAGUCUGGUAAGAUCUGAGUAGAGAAAAUAUCCUUGCAGUCCUGUGUGCAUUAUAACCAAAUUUUCAUUCUCUCGUGGCUGAGGAGGACAGAAUCUGUCCUUGGAAGCAGUUCUGGGUGGCGAGGUUGGGCUGUGUUACUGUCAGCCCUGAGUGCUGUGGAGCCUCUGGGCAUGUGGGACCGGGGGAAGAGGUGUUUGCUGGACUCACCCAGUCACCAGCAGUGACCUGAGGUGUGCAGACAACCCCAAGCUGUGGUUUCAGCACUGCUGGUCUUGGAACACCAGUGCUGGGGUCCCACGUUCACCUGGUUUGGCUGUGGCUGAGCUCAGCAGCUGUGACCACUUCCAGGAGGUUUUCAUUUCCUGCCUUCCCCAGCUGCUUUCUGCAACCCCCUGCCUGGGGUGAUCAUCCUGAAGUCCUCACUAAUGGUUUUGCCAUAGACAGAGAAAAGUUGGCUUUUCAGGGCAGGCUUGCAGCAUUCAUCUUGUGCUAGUCCUGCUGUCCUUCAGCACUGCAGCUUGUGCUGCCCAUGAGUUUGUGUCAUAAAACUUGGGACACGUCUCCGUUUGUGUCUCCAGAAGAGAAGCAACUUCAUCACUAUUUCCAAAUUGAACAGCUUUGCAUCAAUGUUCAGCCAACAUGGUCCUUCUUGUAAGGAAAGAGCUUCCUUCCCCAGGUGAUUGCAGGUUACUGGACUUGAGAGCAAGAGUACCAAAACGUCAGUUUGAGCCCUUUUCCCCGAUUUUCCUGUCAGGUUUUCUCUAACUGCAAUGUGGCAAGCAAGUAAAGAGCUGUUUCCUGUCCUUGCACCUUGGCCACACCUGAUCCAGGAGAUGUCAGGAGAGAGUUUAUCUGAAAAAUGCAGGUAUCAGUUUAUUUUGUUGAAGUCUUUUUCUCAUCCCAUGAGCAGAGUUUCUUGAAAGUAGAAUGUGACUGUUUACCUGAGAUUGUGGCCAAGUCCAGAAGGGAGCAAGAAUAACGUCAGAUUCAAUCACAGAUGUGCCCCAGAGCAGUGAGAUGCUGGGAUGGGAUCUGGAGUUCAUAGUCGGUAUGGUGACACACAGCCAGCUUUGAGAACACUUUGGAGCUUGUGCUUCUAUCACCUGAUGGCAGAACAUGCUGUAGAAGCUGUGGGUGGUGCCUGUGGGGCACGAGCAAGUGCUGAUUUAAACUGUUUCCCAGGAAAUUUCAGAUGAUUUGCCCAAAGAGAAGAUGGUGAAGCACAUGGUUCACGGCUUGUAGCGUUUCUAAAAGCAUA